AUGCCAUCCCGGUCCGGCCGUAAUCCAUCGAAUCCCCCAACCUCGAAUUCCGGCUUCGCUGCCUUUUCCUCGAACCCUCCCGUACUCCCUCCCUCCUCGGAGAACACAGUGAUACACCUCCCGUUGCAGACUCAGAAUGAUCGAACAAUGCCGUCAAUGAAUGGGAAUCUGCCCGCAAGCUCGUACCAUCGCGGGCACAACCGCUCUCUCAGCCACCCAUUUACCUCUCCAUUCAGUGGACUUGGAAAGAAGCGUGACAAGGCCGUGCCCAAAAACACUGCUUGGAAUUCGGACUCUGACUCCGACGAUUUCACAUAUAUUGCCAAAGACAAGGCACCGGCAACGAGCCCCCGCAAGGAUGUCCCUAAUGGAAAUCCAGGAAGUGAUCUUGCGGAAGGAAAAUGCCCAACUUGCAACUCAACAGUGCGCUGGCCACGGCACCUACAGGUAUACCGCUGUACUUCCUGCCUAAUGGUUAUCGACCUUGAUGAGGAGACUAUGAAGAAAACGAAGGGUCAAGCUGAUUCAAAGCUGGGAGAUCGGUUACAAAAACCAUUGCCUCCAGACCCGCCGGAGUCUCAGCUACCAUCGCUACCACACGAGCCAAAGCCAGAUGAACCUUUGUCAGUCUACCAUACCAGGCGUAUCAUUGACGGUUGUCUUGCUACGUACUUUCAAAGCCUUCUCGACGGGCCCCGUCCAGCGCCGACGGCGGUUGACAACCCCGCAGAAAGGGCUCAUCCUGUAAACGGCCAGCAGUAUUCCAUGGUGCCCGCAACUGGCCCUCUUCAUGGGCAGCUUCCAACACCGCAAGAUCCUCGUAACCUGGACACGCCUACCUCUACUCAGCGGGACCUAAAUUAUGGAAUGAAAGAGAACCCCAAUCUUCUGAAACCACAUCAUUUCUCACAGGGUGGGAAGGAACUGCCCAUUCGGAGCCGUGCCCAUUCUGAUUUGCAAAAAGGCCCGAAAGGAGAACAACGACCUCAACCAGUGACGCAGUCUAAAGAUUCCGGAGAAAGAGAAGAACGCGAAAACCAGCCAGCAGUAUUCAAGCGACUGGAGAACUACAUCAUCGCGUCUUUCAAAGGCUGUGGAGCUCUUAAUGCAUCAUUUCCAGUCUACCAGCCAUCCGUUCGGUCUGCCAGCAAUGGCAAUCCUCCAAAAAUGAAGAUUGAUCCUAAAAGCGUACCUGAUUCGGGUGUCAGCGCUCAAGUGUUCGAACCUGAUGCCAAAACUCUUCUAUUGGGGGAUGUUGCAGAGAACUCGACUUGGUGGAUGACGGAGUGGGCCGAGGCCGAGGGACAAGUUCUCCCAAACCCCAAGGAAAGAACCCCGCACAAAUCUCGUUCAGUAUCAUCUCGAAGUCCUCGUAUAAAUUGGACCGAAGCAAACCAUUGGUACCAGUUGGUUCUGACCGCGGGCAGCUCUUGGAACGAGAGAUGGGCAGCUAAGAAGCCAGAUUUAUCGCUACGCCCGGGCACCGACUUGGCUAGGUACAAGAGAUGGGAGUCAGUCGAGCUCUCUGCGAUUGAAAAGGAUAUAAUGGAAUCUCGACUUCAUCUCCAGCGAACAUUAAUGAAAGCCACUGAGAAUCUUCUUAAGCGCCCUCGGAAGCCUUUGAAGAAGCCAGAAGACAGCCGGUUUCUCCUCAUUCUAUUGGCGAAUCCGUUACUGUCCUCUCCAAUAGCAUACUCAUCAUCCAGACCAUCCCAACCACCUCGCCGAGAUGAACGGCGUCCGUCCCAUUCACAGGAUAUUCCCCGGCCAACAACCAGAGAUGGCAAGUUUUCCCGGAAAGAUGCUUCAGCGCCGGUCGCUCGCUCUGGAAGCUCCAACCAUCACUAUGGGAUAUUAAAGCGGAUUCUUGGGUUAUUGUCAAACAUGCCCAAUGAUUGUCACCACUACUUUGUUUCCUGGUUUGCGCGUUUCCCGCCAAGUCAAUUUGAACGCCUCGUGGAGUUGGUGGGAGGAUUUGUUACAUAUCGCCUGAGUCGUCAAAAUGGUCGCAAGCGUGGUGAAAACCCCAAAGAUGGAAAUGAAUUGAUUCCAAGCUUUGCAAGUGCAUCGGGAAACACCCCCGCUGAACUGCAUGCUGCUAUCAAUCGACGCCACCCCAGCAAGCCACCUCCCAAGAAACAGGAGUCUCCUAUUAUAUACGCCGAAGACUGGCAGAUAAGAUCAUCGGCAAGGAUCAUGUCUUUGCUAUUUACAGGAAAUAUUUCGCAAGUGACACGCAAACCUGAUGCGGGUCCAGAUGUGAGGGUAUAUCGCCCGGCCGACUCUGCAAGUGGCUCUGGACGUGCUAAGCAAUAUGUGGUCCCCAUAAGUUCGUUCUACAACACCUUGCUGGACUAUUCAGAUCUUGUGGCAGACUUUGAAACCUGGGAGUCACGAGGCUCAAAGUUUUCCUUCUGCCAGUACCCUUUCUUUCUCAGCAUCUGGGCAAAAAUCCAUAUACUUGAGCAUGAUGCGCGCCGCCAAAUGGAGGUAAAAGCUCGCGAGGCCUUUUUCAAUAGCAUUCUUAACCAUCGAGCGGUUAGCCAGUAUCUUGUUUUGAAGGUGCGGCGAGAAUGUUUAGUCGAGGACAGUCUCCGUGGUGUCAGCGAAGUUGUCGGCACCGGCCAAGAGGAGAUCAAGAAGGGCCUUCGAAUCGAGUUCGUCGGAGAAGAAGGGAUUGACGCCGGAGGUCUGCGCAAGGAAUGGUUCCUCUUGCUUGUCCGGGAGGUAUUUGAUCCGCAUCAUGGCCUGUUUACCUAUGAUGAAGAUUCCAAGUACUGCUACUUCAAUCCGUUAUGCUUUGAGUCAUCUGAACAAUUUUUCCUGGUGGGGGUUUUACUUGGACUUGCCAUAUAUAACUCCACUAUUCUUGACGUGGACUUGCCACCAUUUGCGUUUAGGAAAUUGUUGGCAUCAGCGCCCCAAACUACAGCGCCCCAGACGUCAACCACCCCACGGACGAAAUUCAAGUGUACACUGGAUGACCUUGCCGAGUACCGCCCAGCCCUCGCUAAAGGACUGCGCAUGCUGUUGGACUACGAGGGCGAUGUCGCCGAAACAUUUUGCUAUGAUUUCGUUGCUCAGACCGACCGGUUUGGAGAGAUAGUCACUGUGCCUCUCUGUACAGGAGGCGAGAAGCGGCCUGUCACCAAUGCAAACCGGCGCGAGUUUGUCGAUGCAUAUAUCUAUUAUCUUCUGGACACUGCCGUGGCUCGGCAGUAUGAACCGUUUAAACGGGGGUUCUUCACAGUCUGUGGUGGCAAUGCCUUGUCGCUUUUCCGACCGGAAGAGAUUGAGUUGCUUGUGCGUGGCUCUGAUGAGCCACUUGACGUGGUUUCGCUGCGCGCAGUGGCCACUUACGACAACUGGUCCCACGCCCAUCCCGAGUCUAUCCCUGUGGUGCAGUGGUUCUGGGAGAUUUUUGAGACUGCUCCAACCCCGUCGCAACGGAAAAUGCUAUCUUUUAUCACUGGCAGUGACCGCAUACCGGCCAUGGGGGCGACUAGCUUGAACAUACGACUGGCUUGCUUGGGCGAUGACUCUCCUCGAUACCCUACUGCACGAACUUGUUUCAACACGCUGAGCCUGUAUCGAUACGCUACACGCGAAAAGCUCCAAAGGCUACUCUGGGAUGCAGUGUUGAACAGUGAAGGAUUUGGCCUGAAAUAA